UUUAUGAGUGUUAGAUUCUUGCUAAUGUAUAUCAUGCUCGAGUUAGUGCAGAUUUUGGACCUGGAAAUUUCUCAUGAAUCCCACAACUUUAAUUCUCAAAAAUAAAUGUAGAUAUAUUUGAAAAGAGAGGAUGGUGGUGGCUUAAAAUCUUUUGUUUGCCAAAUUAUUUGGUGGUCUGCUAUUAUCGAUACAAUUAAAGGAUAAUAGCUAGAAGGGUUGACCAUUGAGAAGGUUCAGGAGCUAUGUGCUGAAAGGGAUAAGCUCAAUAAGGAGGUUGAUGAUUUGAGAAAGGAAACUCCAAAGUCCAAAGUCCUUUUGGAGGAAAGAUCUUGAUGCUCUGGAGGGGCAACUCGAUGAGCUUGAGAAAUGUGAUGCUUAGUCAGAGGAGUUAAGAAAGAAAAUGAGAGGCAAAGCAAGGGGUGAAGCUGCUAUGAAGUCUACUAGACAAGCACCCAGGAACCCACGGAAGAACAAUAAUAAGAAGGCAAAUAAUGCAGAAUCUGUUGCGGAAGCUGUCUCAUCAUCUAUGGCUGCAAUGGAAAUUGAGAAAGCUCCUGAGGCAGCAAAACCCAAAGGCAGAGAAGUCUCUAGGAAAGCUCCUGCUAAGCCGAAAAAGCCAACUUUAGUCUUGAAUAAUGAUGAUGACGACGACGACGACGAUGUGCUUAAGAUUAAAGAACGACUUGCUGCCUAUAACGUUGACUCAUCUCCUGAUCAAUCAGCCGCCAUGGAGACUGAAGUGCCCAAAGUACCAGCCAAGAAGAAAGAACCUAGCAAAAGGGCUGCUGCUGCACAGAAGAAGAAGCCCUUGGCAACUGUUUCGGAGAUAUCUAAUGAUGAUGUUGAUGAUAAUGAUAUUAAUGAAAUUGAUGAUGAUGAUGAUGAAGAUAGUGAGAUAGAAGUUGUAGCUGCUCCAGAAGCCAGGAAAGAGGGCGGGAGAAAUCCGGCUGCAAAUGCUAAGGCAGUUAAGGCCCCUGCAGCGGCAAAGAAGAGAGGUGCAGCCAAUAAGCAGCAGCCUCAGACAUUGGGCCAGAAGCUGUUAACUGACAUGUUAAAGCCUGCUGAAAAUUCUGAGAUUUCACCAGAGAAGAAAGUGAGGAAGAUGUGGGCAUCUCCAUUCAACAAGAAAAGUGGUUCUGUGUUGGGGAGGGUUGGUAAGGUAAAUGAAGUGACUGAAAAUGAAGAAAAUUCGGGUUCUGCUUCUACUUCUGCCAGUACUGAAGAAACUAUUGAAGUUGCACCAGCAAGAGCAAGACCUCAAAGGGUGAACCGUGCAGAGACAAGGUUCCGAUUUUUGAUGGCUCGGCAAGUGAAUGGGUGAAGGCCAUAGAACAAGUUGGGUUAAAGGUGGCCACAGAUCAGUGUGGGAACAGUUGUGAAAAAAUGGUACCUUAUGUGAAUGAACCAGUGCAUGCGUGGAGGAAAGAUUCUUUUGUUGCUGCAUUUCCUUCACAAAAGGUUCACAUAACUUACGGGAUUGACUUCCCACAGGAAUUAGAAGUGCAUGCCCCGAU